GCAGUGGUAAAUCUCGCGAGCAGUAAAUAGCCGACAUACACACUAAUCAGUGCUUAGUCAGUCUGGUGAGAAGUCGCGUGGUAGGGAGGAUACGGAUUACGUAUCGCACGAUUGGCAAUCAAUGAACGAUAUCGGCGUCGAUAAACGACGUCGCGCGCUCAAGGAAAUGUCCGCAAAGGAAACGGCAGAACGGAAGAACAACGAUGCCAGACGACAGGCUCCUGAUGGCGGUUGGGGUUGGUUCGUUUGUGUCGGCAGCAGUUUGAUUUCGAUUUCACUACGUUCCUUGGACCCGUCCUUCGGAUUACUGUUCCACGAUCUGCUGGUAGAUCUCAACGUUGGCUCCACGGGAACGUCGAUUAUAAUGAGCGUUUUGGACGCCAUUAUCAAUUUCUCAGGUUUCACGAUUGGACCGUUGUUGAAGAAAUAUUCCUAUCGGCAAGUCGCGCUUUUCGGAUCUCUGCUGAGUUGCAGUGGUCUGAUACUCACGUCAAGGGCCGGUAGUAUGCUGUACCUCAUCUGUACUUACAGCGUCUUAGGAGGCGUGGGCACUGGUCUCGCGAUCGCUUCGUCCUUCGUCGCGUUGAACACUUUCUUCGACAAGAAACGCGGACAAGCCGUCGGCUUUUCCAUGGCUGGAACUGCGUUUGGAAUGGUGCUCAUGCCGCAGCUGAUACACCUGCUGCUGAACGAAUAUGGAUUUCGCGGCACGACACUCAUCGUCGGAGGUUGGGCCUUGCACUCUGUAAUGGGAUCUUGCUUACUGCGUCCGCUCAAAAUUCUAUCGCCGAUACAGCCAGAAGAAAAAAAGUCCGACGAGGAGCGAGAAGACAAAGCCCUAUUAACGGAAAAGAGCAAAAUUGCAGGACGCAGGUCGUCUAAUGGAUCGUUUUGGACCAAUGAACAGGACGCGACGACAUUUGAAUCGAGUUCUAAGCCCAAGAACAAAUCGUUCGCGAAGAAGCUGAUGGAAACCUUAGACUUGGAUCUACUCAAGGACUUCACAUACCUAAUCAUCUCCUUGGGCUGCGCUCUCUUCUACGUGGCUGAGUCAAACUUCAAGCUUAUGGCUCCAUUCUUCCUCUCGGAUAUUGGAAUGACGAAAAGAGAGGUCGCCUUCUGCCUGUCCCUGACUGCAUUCGCCGACAUUAUCGCUCGACUAUUGCUGCCAACGUUAUUCGACUGGAUCGGUUGGAGAAAGCGCGUGAUCUUUUGGAUCUUCGGUGCUAUCUUCGGAGUCGCACGUUCUGUGUUGGCGGAACAAUCAGGAAGAGUACCAUUGAUGGUCAUGUUCGUAGUAGCGGGAUUUCUACGUGGCGCCACAUUGGUGAAUCUCAAUCUCAGCAUAUCGGAGUACGUGACGCUGAAGAAGUUGCCAAGCGCCUUCGGCAUGUUCAUGGUGUUCAAGGGUCUCCUAGUGGUUACUAUGAGUCCCUUAAUCGGAUACAUCAGAGACGUCAGUGGGAGUUACAAGAUUUGCAUCCACGUGAUGACCGCCAUGAUGAUGACCACGACUAUCGUGUGGGCUAUUGAACUCCUGUAUACCACUUUACACAGACGACGACAUGCUAUAAUUAAGAAACUACAAAUGCAUAUACUGGCCGUGCUUCCGAUGCAGCAAUGUUUCGGUCUCAUCUUCGCGGAACGUUUCGCGGACCUCGGUAUCACCGCGACCCAAACAAGCCUGAUCCUUCAUCUUAACGGGACGAUCGCCUGCAGUCUAGGCCUGAUAAGCAGCCCGAUGAUGAAAAGAUUCUCCUUUCGCAAGGUUGCCUGUUUCGGCGGUCUCACAGUCGUCCUUGGAAUUUGCACGGCUGCCUUCGCCAUGUCUCUUCCGACUCUCAUUGUCACUUAUUGCGUCAUUAUCGGUAUUGGCCAAGGUAUCAUCUUCCCGGCGACCAGCCUCGCCAUGAACACGUACUUCCGCAGAAAACGCAACAUAGCCAUGGGUUUCUCGGUCACGAUGACCGGCUUGGGUCCAAUCCUGAUGCCUCUUCUAAUAGACGUGCUUCUGGAGAAUUAUGCCACGACCGGCAGUCUCCUGCUCCUCGCCGGUAUCGCCACGCAUUCCCUCGUGGGUGCAUCGCUGUUAGAACCGUUCAAGGAACGCGAAAAGCAAGUGAUUUCGACAGGCGAAGCUAUGGACAUAUCAAGAAAACAAAACGGAAUAGAAACCACGAACAGUGAAAAAGAAGCAGAAGAAAAAGAAGGCUUGAAGAACAACAGCGUUCAAUGUCGAUUGUUAAACGAGGAGAAUGUCUCCGAAGAGAGGAGCUGCGAUUUGAGGAAAAAUAAAGAGCAGCUGGAAGAAAGCGCUUCAAUGCUCAGGAAGAUCGCCAAGAACUUGGAUCUUGAUCUUCUGCGUGACAAACGUUACUUAGCGAUAGUAUUAGGAAUGGGCAUCUCGCUAGUGGCCGAGACGAACUUCAACGCAAUGAUACCUUUCGUUCUGGCUGAGUUGGCGAGCCUUGAUCGCACGUCGAUAGCCACGGUGAUGUCGAUUCAAGCCGCCGCAGAUAUUACCGGACGUCUAUGCGUGCCGCUCUUGGCUCAGAAAAUUGGCUGGACGUGUAGGAACCUUUAUGUGAUGUCCCUGCUGGGAUCGAUCCUUGGAAGGACUAUUCUCUCUACAUGGGGCGACAUCUAUGUCGUUGUAAUCAUGGUAUCGCUGAUCGUCGGACUGGCGAAGGGAACCAAAGCUGUCUUCCAAGCCCUAAUUAUACCCGAUUACGUGCCAUUGGAGAGGCUGCCGGCCGCAUCCGGUAUCCAGAUGGUCUGCAACGGCAUCCUGUCUAUCAGCGUGGGACCUAUUAUCGGCGUAGUGCACGACGUAAGGAACAGUUACGUGGGCGCGCUUUACUUCAUGUCCCUCCUCAGCAUGUCGUGCGUCUUCCUAUGGUUGAUAAGUGGACUCUGGACUUCGUGCGGCAAGCUCUUAAGAUCGCCUCGGAGAAGUCUGUCGGCGGAACGAGAGAACUCUUGCGUGACCGUGUAAUUAAUUAAUUCAAUACUCACGGUUUACGACUAUUUUGCGAUGGUAAUGUAAAGAAUUUUAUGUAUGCUAAUAAUGUUGAUGUACCACGGUAAUCUACGUAUAAAUAGACGCGCGCAAAUGCACAUACACGCAAACAAUGUAAUUAAGAAUUGAAUCAAAAUAUUCGUAUUAAUCAGAGAUAACUUUGACCUAAUUAACAGUCACAUGACUUUGCACUUCGACGGAAUAAAGUGCUCAAAUAAAUUUUCGCAUACUCACUGAUAGCCGUUAUCAACGGACAUCUCAAUACAUCAAAGCCUUGUGCAAAUAUGAAUACGAUAAGCACACUUUUUCGUGCACUUUCGAGACAUGCGUAUAUAUUAAAUAUACAUAUGAAUAAUUUGUUAUGCAACCGCAUGUCAUUGGUUCCUACUGUAUUCACAAUAAUAUUGUAAUGUGAACUCAGACUAGCUGUUAGACUCGCGAUUAAAAACUUUUUCGUGUAUUAUACACAAAUAUAUUUUUGUAAUUUAAAUAUACGUGCUAAAAGAAGAGAGGAAAUGUCGCAUUUUUCAGGUUAUCUUCCGGUGUAAUUCGAUUAAAAUAAUUAAAAGUAAUGUACCUGAAUAGUUUAUGACGUUGUACGCGGGGAAAGUAUUGCAACAAAAAUUACAUUAAAAUUAUAUUUCUUUGCAAUAUUUGCUAUAAAGCUAUGCUAAUUGUGAUAUAAAUUACUAUAGAAAUAGUAAAUUUGAUGACCUGCACUGUAAUGCGCCAUAUAAAAACACAUGUAAAUAAUUACAAUAACUUUAUAGCAAAAAGCUAAACGUGACAUAAUAUUUUUGAACAAAUAUAUAGUAAUUUCGGCUACAAUUCUGCAAGAUACAACGUUACAACAAUUUUAUUGCAAUUUUUACUGCAACAUUUUGCCCACGUACGCGCUAUCAGUUAAGAUAGCAACAAGAUAUUUUAGUCGACAUAAUGAUUCUUCCGGUGUCGCAAACGCAAUUCAAUAUCUUCCUGUACAACGUACGUAUGAAUGUUGUGCUCCUAAUUUUUACGUAACUCAUUUCGAUUAAUUUACAAUUUUAAUAAAUCGUGAAAAACUUGUGUUAUCGA